AUGUCUCGCAGGAGUCCUCGACUGGUGGAAACGGGGUACUAUGAUGUGGAUGGAAGCCCCCGCAUCUCUUACUCAGAUAACAGUCGCAGGAAUUCCAAUACCUCCACUAAAAUUCGGCCCCACAGUCAACCGCUGGAGGUGGCUGUGCUCAGAUUCAUCCAUGUGCCUGAGCCUGCAGUUCAGCCGAGGUCCUGGCUCAGCUUAGCUUGGGUCAUAGUCCAGCUUCUCCUUGUUGGCCUUGUUGUGUCCUGGGUAACAAUGAAGUUUGCUGCUGAUGGUGAUGUGCGGCAGCAGCUGCAGGAGGAGGUGAAACAUUUGAGGCAGCUUCAGGAAGACGUAAAUUAUUUACGUCAGCAGCUUGCGCAUCACAACGCAAUAGUGAGUGCUCCUUUGGCCAACUUUGCAUUGGAGGCUCAUGGGGCUCAGGUGAUGACUGCUCUGACUUCCAAGACUCACGUGCCAAAAAAAGCCCCACUUUGGCACAUACCUCUUGGUCCAGACACAGUGAUCAAAGGUCAUAAUUACCCUUUGAUUCCGGGACAGUGCUGGGCGUUCAACGGGCAGAAUGGGAGCAUUUUCAUAGCUCUGCCCCUAAAGAUUCACAUCACCCAAGUAACUGUAGGACACAUUCUGAAGGCGCAGUCUCUUACGGGCACAAUUCAGUCAGCUCCAAAGUCUUUCUCUGUGUACGGACUGAAGGACUUUGAACAACCAGAGGUAAGACUUGUAAAGUUUCUCUAUGACGCAGACGGGGACUCAUUCCAAACGUUUGAGAUCCUGGAGCGACACAAGGAAGAGACUUUCCGGUACGUGAGGGUGGAGAUUCACGAUAACCAUGGGCACGAUGUGGUCACCUGUGUAUACAGCUUCAGGUGGACACUGCCUGUUCCACCUCCUCACUUGUCUCCUGCCCAGUGGACACUGCCUGUUCCACCUCCUCACUUGUCUCGUGCCCAGUGGACACUGCCUGUUCCACCUCCUCACUUGUCUCCUGCCCAGUGGACACUGCAAUAA